CAUUUUUCAACCUUUCUUUUCUGACCAAGGAAGCUUAGGGGCGUGGGGAGGUAGAGGUUGGCUAGGGGGUCUCUGGGUUUUGGCACGGUCACUUCCCUCUGAGGGUGUGAAUGGAGCCUGGCUGAAAGAAAGUUGCAUGCACUGAAAGAGGCUCAGUAAAAAGCAUGUGCAGAAUGUGGCUGGGAUCCAGCAAUGGAAACAUCCAAGUUUAGUACAGGAGAAAAAUACAAAAAAGCUAUGUGGCAAUAUGUGGUUGAUGAAAACAUCAUUUGUUUACUGUCAUUUCCAAAGGAUGUAGUGCAGGUUUAUGGUGGUAAAAAUAGAGGCACAGGAGAGGUGGAGAGAUUAAGACAGAUUAAUUAGAGAGAUGAGGGAAGAGGAGGAAGUCGGGAGAGGAAAGGGAAGCAGGGGAACUUUAGCAAGUUUAACAUUUGCCCUCUGGUAUCUGCAAUGCAGUCAAUAUGUUUCUUGUGCUACAUCAAAUACGGUUAUCCAGAUAAGAGACUCUCGCUUCUGUUGAACUGUGAUACAUUUGACUGAUUUGGCUUUUUUACCUCAUGCAAUCACAUUUCCUGUAUGUGUUUUGCAUUCAAGGCAGCAGCAGGGGAAAGUUUGUGCAGUGGUGUGAGGGAGAGGAAAAGCACAGAGGGGCUGGCCUUCAAGAUACAGAUCCAACAUUGGUUUUGGCCCUAACAGAAAAAAGGGUGUCCACCAGAGGAGGAGAAAGCAGUCCGCUGGCGUCACAAAAAAAGACGCAGUGAGCUACAUUAGCGGGCAAAGUAAGGCCACCGCCGGGAAGAAAAAGAGGAGGAGGACGUGGGUGGAGGACGACGAAGGGAGUCGUGGGCCGAGAGCCCAAACACAAGCAAGAUGACAGAGAAUAAGAUCAGCCUCCCUGCUAAGCUGAUUAAUGGGGGCGUGGCGGGCCUUGUUGGUGUGACAUGUGUAUUUCCUAUCGAUCUGGCCAAGACCCGCCUACAGAACCAGCAGGGCACCCAAGUAUACAAAGGAAUGUGGGACUGUCUAGCCAAGACGGUGCGCUCAGAAGGCUAUUUUGGAUGCUACAGAGGCGCAGCAGUCAACCUCACUCUUGUCACACCGGAAAAAGCCAUCAAACUGGCAGCUAACGAUGCCUUCAGACAGAAACUCUCAAAGGACGGGCAUUUGCCCCUGUGGGGGGAGGUUCUGGCAGGGUGUGGGGCUGGUACCUGCCAGGUGGUGGUAACCACACCAAUGGAGAUGCUCAAAAUCCAACUACAGGACGCAGGGAGGCUGGCUGCCCAGAGGAAAGUCCAGACACCAGCUCAGGCUACCGGUCCUGGUCCAGCUCCAUCACUGACGGCACCACAGCCGGCCCGACCCGGUGCUCCCCAGCGGACGUCUGCCACCAGCAUCACGGUGCAGCUGCUGAAGACUCGAGGUCUGGCUGGUCUCUAUAGGGGAGCAGGAGCCACCUUAAUGAGGGAUGUCCCCUUCUCAAUGAUCUACUUCCCACUGUUUGCCAACCUGAACUCGCUGGGGAGGGAAAAACACGGAAGUCCGAGCGACGUGCAGGCCCGAGCGCCUUUCUGGCAGUCCUUUGUGGCCGGCUGCGCUGCGGGCUCGGUGGCAGCUGUGGCCGUCACGCCGCUGGACGUCAUAAAAACCCGCCUGCAAACACUGCAAAAAGGCGAAGGAGAGGACAGCUACAGAGGAAUCAUUGACUGCACACGGCGCAUAAUGAGGCGAGAGGGGCCGUCAGCGUUCCUAAAGGGCGCAACGUGUCGUGCGCUGGUCAUCGCCCCCCUUUUUGGCAUUGCACAGGGUGUCUACUUUCUUGGAGUUGGGGAGAUGCUGCUGGGUUUGCUGGGAUAGCGAUACCUGCAGUGCUGUCUUCUCCACGUGUCAUUUUGCUGCAUCAAUCAGCAGUACCCUGUGCACAUACGGAGCGGGUGACAAGAGGCUCUGCUUGUGAACCCAGCAUUAUCGGGUCGCAGGCAACAGGGUUCUAUUGGUCAAACAGGGUCCUAUGCAUGUGCUGCAACACAUCUGGAGCUGUUCCUUUACCCCAGAAAAGACAAUCUGGUUUUAAGAUUUCAUACAGAUUAAAAAUUGGAUCUAUUCACGCCUGCCGUGUUACGUAUUCCUCCCACUCCAUUCGUGUGCUCUGAGUUGUAAUCUUCAGAUUCCCUGCCUGGAUUGACAUGUGCGUCCUGUCAGUAGGUUGUUUGCUAAUCUGAUGGUAAUGAUUUAAUCCCUGUACACACACACACAAACACACGCGCAGAUCACUUCCGGCCUAAAAGACGACACACUGCUGGGCUACUAUUUAAACCUUGACUUCCUCCUCUUCAAAACUUGAGAGCUCAACAAAUUGGACGAAGCGCUACUGAGUAUGUUGCUUCACAAUAUGUGUGCCCAGUAAAAAAAAUGUACGAACGCCUUAUUAUUGUUGCAAGUUUAAAACAUUUUUUUUCUGUUGAGUAUUAUUUUGGAGUACUAUUUAAAAAAAACAAAACAAUUAAGCACUAAAAACAUUUUUUAUAUAAUGCACAUGCAUUGCUGUAGUUUGUAUAACUAGGCUACUUCAUUUUACCAAUGUAGUGUGUUUACAACUUGGAAAUAAACACACAAGUCUUCUGUG